AUGUUCAUCUCGGUAUCGGAAGAGAUGGGCGUAGCCCUGCUACGGACCGCUUACUCGCCCAACAUCAAGGAACGACGUGACUUCUCUUGCGCCAUCUUUGAUCCAUCCGGCCAGAUGGUCGCCCAGGCAGCGCACCAACCUGUCCACCUUGGCGCCAUGCCGGCGUCGGUGCAGGCCGCCCUGGAGACGUACCCCGGUUCACUGAGACCCGGCGAUAUGGUCAUACUCAACGAUCCCUAUCUUGGAGGCACCCACUUGCCGGACAUCACCCUGGUGGCGCCCGUGUUUGUAGACCUGCGGGGGGGGAAGGAACUGGUCGGCUUCGUUUCCAACCGGGGUCACCACGCCGACGUGGGAGGCAUGACUCCCGGCUCGUUGCCGCUUUCUACGGAACUCUAUCAAGAAGGGUUGAUACUGCCGCCAAUUAAGCUGGCCCGAGGCGGUCGACUAAACCAGGAAGUAGUGCAGAUCAUUUGUCGCAAUUCCCGCACACCGGAGGAGCGAAAAGGGGACCUGGCCGCUCAAAUAGCUUCGGUCCGGGUCGGUGAAAGGCGGCUCCAGGAAGUCGUAGAACGGUACGGGGUCGAAGAAGCCCGUGAGCACAUGGCUGCCCUGCUUGACUAUUCCGAGCGGGUAACCCGUAACGCCAUUAGCAGGAUCCCCGACGGAAUCUACCGGGUGCUGGAUUACAUGGACGACGACGGGCUAACCGAAGAACCUGUGCCUAUAGCGGUGGCUAUCACUAUAUUCGGCGACACAAUGACCAUCGAUUUCACUGGGACUUCUUCACAGUGCCCCGGUUGCAUUAACGCUCCCCAAGCGGUAACUGUUUCCGCCAGUCUCUACAUGGUCAGAUGCGUUGUGGGGGAUGAAGCGCCGGCUAACCAAGGCUGCCUCAGACCCGUGACAAUAAUCACACCCAGAGGUACGCUGGUGAACCCGGAGCCGCAGCAUGGCGUGGCCGGAGGCAAUGUGGAGACCUCCCAACGUAUUACCGACGUCCUCUUGACGGCCAUGGCCCAAGCGUUGCCUGAGUUGAUCCCAGCGGCCAGCCAGGGAACGAUGAACAAUUUGCUCAUGGGGCGCCCAUUCGUUUACUACGAGACCAUUGGAGGUGGCAUGGGGGCCAGGCCUACCAAGGACGGCAUUUCAGGAAUCCACACCCACAUGACCAACACCAUGAAUACUCCGAUAGAAGCGCUGGAGUUUGCGUUCCCCCUGAGGCUGAAGCGUUAUGCCCUUAGACGGGGUUCCGGAGGAGACGGGCUUCACAAGGGAGGCGAUGGACUGGUACGGGACGUGGAAUUUCUCAGCCCUGCCCGGGUCACCAUACUAUCGGAACGGCGCAAGUUUCACCCCCCGGGCUUCCAUGGGGGGCACCACGGCCAUCUGGGAGAGAAUGUGCUGAUGAAGGGUGGAUACGAGGAGGUCCAUCUGGCCGGCAAGGAAACACUGGACGUGGAGGUGGGCGACAUAUUAAGUAUCCGUACCCCAGGUGGAGGUGGUUGGGGCAAGCCGCCUCAAGAUGAAUAG